AACCUCUUUAUCACUUUUAAUUUUUGGUCUUGCAAUUGUGCUUUCGUUAUGCAUGUCUCUUGCAUAGAAGAAAACUAUGUUGUUUAACCAAUAAUUAGAACAAAAUUCCUAAAGUAUGAUUAAGUUUUGAAGUCUUAGAUGUCCAAGGUCUCCCUUUACUAGAGCAUUUUUUGUGAUAGAUAUAUUCAAAUAUCUACAUGCAUGGAUUCCAACAAACAAUAUAGAAUAAACCAAUGAAAUUGUUCUGUUCUUUUAAGGCCUUUAAAAAUUUAGACACGCUUUCCUUUUCAGAAACAGCCAUGUUGAUUACUUCAUGUUUGAGAAAAUGACCAGCAAUUCUUCGCUCAUUUAACAUUAUUUAUCUUUGUAUUGAAGGAUAUUACCCAUUGAUUCAAAACAAGAAGAAUAUUCUACAUUCAUCAUAAAUAAUAAACGAAAACCAUGCACCAAUUUACACUUUGUGAAUAGGGGGGUCCCAAUUUUCUGAAACUCCAUUUAAGCCAAACCUUACCCUCUACCCAUCCUUCUCUCUUUCUCACUCUCAAUUAGAAUCCUACCAGAAACAAAUGGAAAGCUUCAAUGUCGGUUGGCUUUCCUUCCCCAGCCAUGAGAGUUUCAACCAUGAUCUUGCCAUUAGAAGAUUUUGUCCUGCAAGAGUUGAGCAAGAACAAGGAGGAGGAGGAGAGUGGGAAGAGAUACUGAAUGAGAUUGAUGAACUCUGUUUACCUUCUGAUACCACUGGUAUCUCUCCUUGCUUGGCGGCUUCGGAGGUUGAUGAAUUUGUUGAUAGCAUUAUUAAUAUGGAUCACUACGAAAAGGACGACUACAUCAACAACUCGCUAGCGGAGAACCAAAGUAAUUUAGAUUGCUUUCAUGAUGAGAUGGAGAUGUUUUCCAUGGAAAAUGAUGUUUAUGGAUCAGAUGUUCUGACGAUGAUAGAAGGCGAUGAAAUGGAGAGUGCUAUAAGCGGUUCAGCUGAGGAUUUUGGAGGUGCUCCUGAUAUGGUUCCUCGUGUUGCAGAGGUUAGCCAUGGAGUGGACCAAGGGCUUCACUUGGUUCACAUGCUCUUGGCUUGUGCGGAGGCUGUGGGAUGCAGGGACACACAACUUGCAGAUUCAUUGCUCAGCCAAAUUUGGGCUUCUGUUAAUCCUUGGGGAGAUUCAUUGCAGAGAGUCUCAUACUGCUUUGCUGCAGGAUUAAAGUCAAGGCUUUCACUUCUUCACAAUGUCAAAACAAAUGGGACAUUCACAAAUGGUGCUACAGAUAUCUCUUUGGUCACAAGAGAAGAAAAAAUGGAAGCUUUUCAACUCCUUUAUCAGACAACUCCUUAUCUUGCUUUCGGUUUUAUGGUGGCAAAUGAAGCUAUAUGUCAAGCAGCAGUUGGGAAGGACAAUCUGCAUAUCAUUGAUCUGGGUAUGGAGCACACUCUUCAAUGGCCAUCAUUGUUAAGAACUCUUGCAUCAAGGCCUAAAGGUCCCCCCAAAAAGCUCAGAAUCACUGGAUUAGUGGACGAUCAUCAAAGUCUCUUAGAGCUCGAAUCAAGCAUGAAAUCGCUUGUAAAAGAAGCAAGCUCACUAGGCAUACAACUAGAGUUCAACGUGUUAACAGAGGCAGUAACACCAUCUCUUUUAACAAAAGAGAAUCUAAACUUGAGAGAAGGGGAAGCAUUAGUCAUCAAUGGUAUUAUGCAUUUGCACAAGUAUGUAAAAGAGAGUAGAGGGUCUCUGAAAGCAAUACUCCAAGCACUAAAGAAACUAUCCCCAACUCUGCUUACACUGGUAGAACAAGAUGCAAAUCAUAAUGGGCCAUUUUUUCUUGGGAGAUUUCUCGAAUCCCUUCACUAUUAUUCAGCCAUUUUCGAUUCCUUAGAAGCUAGUCUUCCAAGGAAUAGCCCACAGAGGAUGAAAAUAGAAAGACUUCACUUUGCAGAGGAAAUCAGGAACAUUGUGGCUUUUGAAGGAUCAAAUAGGAUUGAGAGGCAUGAAAGAGCAGAUCAAUGGAGGAGGCAAUUGGGUCGUGCUGGUUUUCAAGUGAUGGGUUUGAAGUGUAUGAGCCAAGCUAGAAUGAUGCUGUCAGUAUAUGGCUGUGAUGGAUAUACUUUGGGUAGUGAAAAAGGUUGCUUGCUUCUUGGAUGGAAAGCAAGGCCAAUAAUGCUGGCUUCUGCAUGGCAAGUGAACAACGUUUCUUCUUCUUCCUCCUAAUGGACCGUUUGGAUGAUGGUUAUAGCUUAUUCUAUUGGCAUAAUCUCAAAGUAUUUUUAUAUAAGAUCCUACUAUAGCUCGAAGUGUUUUUACGGGAUCAUCUCGAUAUGCCCAAUGCUACCAGGAAUUCUGACAAUUUUUUUUUUUUUUCCUCUCUAUUCCUUGGAGAAUGAUGUUACUUGGGCUUCAUUUUUAUUUAAUCUUUAUUAUUUCUUUAUGUCGCAGAAUUAAUGUUUUCCAUGCAAGUGGUUUAGGCAAUCUCCUUGGCUGCAGCUUGGAUUCUACCAAACCCUUUGAUGGUUGGUGGCCAACCAUUAGGUAUUCAUGUGGGAAUAUCUGUAUUUUCCUUCCAGUAUUUAUUGUGGGAUAAUAAGUUAUAGAUCUAAAUUUCAACUAUUUUUCUUUCACAA